UAGGUAGGCACUGAAAUUUGCUCUUGCCGGUUGUCUUCCAAAUUUUGGUCGCUCUUACCGUCAGGCUGUCUGUCGCUUUAAGAUUCGAGGUUGCUCUUGCUUCUUUAGCAAUACAACAACGAGCCCUAGCGACGCUGUAAUCGAGGCUGCUGCAGAAUCGAGGCUGCAAUCGGCGCUGUAAUGGACAAUAUUUUACUCAGCACUAUGAAUUAACAUUUGGAUCAACGUUUGAAUCGACACGCGUUGCCGCCCUCUACUAGACUCAAGUCAUCGCCACCACACCAAUCUAUGAGGAGAUAUUGCUCUUUACACCCUCUCUAGCAACUUUUACGAUAAACCUCCGCUCCUUUUUUCUUUUCAAUUUUAUAUGAAAAUAAUAUUCUGCCAUACUCGAGAGAACUGGAGCAGCAUUCGUGGUGAGACAUCAUCAAUAUAUUAUCACUUCAACCUUGGAAUCAUAUCCUCGAACAAGCCGUUGUGAUAGAGAUAAACUAUGGGUUCUUCUCUAUCUCCAAGCAAGACCACUCGUGGGGAACGAAGCAAGGCAAGCCAAGACAUCACGACAAUGGCCCCUUACGAUUUUCGCCAGGCGGGCUAUUCGCAGCACGAUCAACCCGUCUAUAUGGCAUGUCCCUGUGGGGGACAACUACAAACAAGCUCACUGCCAUAUGGACAUCCCAUUGCAUUCUGUACCGCUUGCGGAACCCAGGCUCCCGCCUACUUUCCGAAUGUGCCUAACAAUACGCCGUACUUCUCGCCAGUUCCACAAACACCAACCGCCCAAGUGCCAUAUAACACGGCAUCUUUGACUGGGACCUUUUACAUGAAUAACGUUCCUUACCCUAUUGAACCCAGGCCCUACGGUUGGAACUCACCGACUCAAUGUUUCCAGCAGCCUAGUCAGCCCCCGCCUGCCAGUUAUACCUACGAUUCUCCCACGACAUACGAACCGUAUGGGACGAGGCAAAGCGGCGGCUCACAAUUUUAUACAAACCCCUAUCUGAAUGGCUUGGAGGUGCCUCGUGGUGGUAUAACACUCGGGCAGCAGUGGUAUGCUUCGCCCUCGGAAAUUAUAUCCUCCCUACCCCCCGGUCGUCGCUCAACUCCCAUCCCUUACGCUCCCAUCCCUGAUACGACCAGGUCCCCGGGACGUCGUCAACAGAGACGGAGACCCGCUAGCGACUCCAUCCGACAUGCGUUCCCAUCGCGGAGGGGCAAUGGCAGGCGUCCGGCCCUUGCCGAAAUCCAUCGCAAGGUACCAGAGCAAGAGGAAGCCGAGAUGGGAAGAGAAGAGGUCGAGGACGACGAACACGGAAAACAACCUCUCGCAUUCUCGGAACGUGGCGAAAUCAUCCUGGUCGGAGAAAGCUGGACGGUCCCGUCCCGCGACGAAGCGAUAAAGGAGGCGGGCCAGGCGAUGGGGAAAUGCGACAUCACGUCCGUCCACGAGACGGUCGACGAGGACGGCACGGUGACCGAACUCGAGAUCAGAGAAACGAAUUGCGAAGAGGAGCUCGUCAUGUCGGGGGGUCUCCCGGCGUGGUCGGGCAGGUGGUGAAGCGAUGUACAUAUGCGACGAGGCAAAUGAUUUUGCGAUGAGAAGUCGCCGUAAAAUUAUUAUGAUUGAUGGGUAUUUACGAGGAUGUUCGUUCGGGUUUUUAGGGGUAAUAUUAGGUGCCUUAGAGGUACCUAGGUAGAU